CGUAAACUGGCAUACGAGUUAGCGAUUAAAAAUGGAAAAACAUUUCCUGAAAAGUGGCACGAUAGUCGAAUGGCGGGUAAGGAAUGGUUGACGGGUUUUUUCAGACGACACCCGAGCUUGUCUUUAAGAUGUCCUCAAGCAACGAGUCUGGGCUUCAAGUUUUAACGAGCAUAAUGUGAGUAAAUUUUUUGAUAACCUUGCUGAAGUAAUGGAUAGGUACCAAUUUGAGCCAAAAGAUAUCUGGAAUAUGGGCGAGACGGGCGUAACCACUGUCCAAAAACCUAGCAAAAUUGUAGCUCAAAAAGGAAUUAAGCAAGUAGGUGCAGUAACCUCUGCAGAGCGCGGAAGACUAGAAACUGUUGCUGUUGCCAUUAAUGCUCAAGGAGGACACUUCCCGCCUUUUUUCGUAUUCCCGUUGAAACGAUUCCAAGACCAUAUGAUACGCGAGGGUCCUGUUGGUUGUGCUGUAGCUGGCAAUGGUAGCGGAAGGAUGCAGGAUGCAGAAUUUUUACUGUUUCUACAACAUUUUAAAAGACAAGUCAAGCCCACAGUUGAUCAAAAAUGUUUGUUACUGCUCGACAACCAUGCAUAUAUCUAUUCAAGCUAUAGACUUUUGUCAAGAAAACGGAAUAGAACUGCUAUCGUUUCCACCCCAUUGCACCCACAAGCUUCAGCCUUUGGAUAGAGCAGUAUUUGGGCCAUUUAAGAAAAUGAACACCGCUACAGACAACUGGAUGCGAAAUCAUCCUGGUCGAACGAUAACUAUUCAUUACAUUCCUGGUAUUGUUGAAGAAGCAUUUCCUCUUUCUGUAACUGAUAAAAAUGCAAUUGCUGGAUUUUCCUGUACCGGUAUAAGUCCAUUUAAUAGGAAUAUAUUAACUGCUGUUGACUACGCGCCCUCAUCUGUGACUGACCGGCCGUUACAAGUUAACAGAGAAGUUUCACCAAAUGAUAUGUUGAUUAGUUCUGACGCAACGUCAUCCAUUCAAGUUGAUCCAAGUACUCCAGUUGGUGAUCUUCCAACAUCAGUUGACCAGAAUGUUCACCGUACAGAUAGCAAUGAUUUAUCAAACAAAUCAAACAAUAAUGACCAAUCACCGGCUGUUCAAAAUAUACCGGACCUCGUCUUUGCUAGCACUGAUCUUCUGUCAGCUAACUCAAUUUUUGAUGAAAGAUCCAAAAUACCAGUGCCAGGACCUAGCGAGCUGCAACAAGCAAAUUCUACCUAG